AUGGGUCUGUGGAGUUCUAAAAACCCUAAAGUCAAGCAAGCCCAAAUUCUUCUUCUGGGACUUGACUCUGCUGGAAAGUCUACUGUCCUUUAUAAAUUAAAGCUUGCUAAGGAUAUUGUGACCACGCCAACAAUAGGUUUCAACGUGGAGAUGAUCGAGUUGGAAAAGAGACUUUCAUUCACGGUCUGGGAUGUUGGAGGACAGGAGAAAAUGAGAACCGUGUGGGGCUGUUACUGUGAGCGCAUCAGUGGGCUGGUGUAUGUUGUGGAUAGUACCGACAAACGGCGUCUGGAAGACUCCAGGAGAGAGUUUGAGCACAUUUUGAAGAAUGAACACAUUAAAAAUGUGCCUGUUGUUCUAUUAGCCAACAAACAAGAUGUGCCUGGAGCUCUGACUGCUGAGGACAUUACCAGAAUGUUUAAAGUGAAGAAACUCUGCUGUGACCGGAACUGGUACGUGCAGCCCUGCUGCGCCCUCACCGGGGAUGGGCUGGCGGAAGGGUUCAGGAAACUCACUGAAUUUGUGAAAAGCUACAUGAAGCCAAGAGUAGACACUUUCGCAUUCUUCAAGCAGAACUGA